GCUUAAUAUACGGGAUCCUUGGGAGACCUGUUUUGGGUGACCUUAUUUUCUGCUGAGUGCAGUCCUCUUUGGGAGGACACCUGGCCACGUCAGAUGCACGGAAUGACAUCACCUGAUGAAGAUCCACGCUGAUUCCUUUUUCACCAACUGGGACUAGAGCAUCAAUCACCAUGCGUGUGCAUGUAUCUGUUGUAGUGUGCGGACUCUUUUCAGGAGAAGCCCAGAGAGGUUUGUCUUGAAAAGGGUAUUCUCCUGAGCACCUGUUUUGGGUGACUUUGUGUUCUGCUGACUUCUGGCAUCCUCAGGUGGACACCUAGAUAUAUCAGAUGCACAGAAUGGAGUCUGUGACCUUCGAGGAUGUGGCUGUGAAAUUCACCUCAAGAGAGUGGGCUUUGUUGGAUUCCAGUCAAAAGACACUCUACAGAGAUGUGAUGGGGGAGACACUUUUGAACUUUAUGUCCAUAGAAAAAGGACUAGAACAAAACAUUGAAGAGAACUACAAAGAUCUCUGCAGAAGUCUGAGAACUCAGUUGAUUGAGAAAGAUUGUGGAUAUGAAUAUAAUAUUCAGUGUGAUGACAACCUUGAGCCAAUUCUAAAGAAUAUGGUUAAUGAAGACAUGCCUCCUGCAAUAACAGGAUAUGAAAGCCAGUUGCAUGUAAGAAGCAUCAUUGGUCAUUCAUUCUCACCUGUAUAUCUCAGAAACCAAUCUAAAGGGGAACAAUCUCACUGUAAGGAGUCCUUUACACAUCAGAAACAUUGGGAAAAUACCAGUCAUUCGGAAUCACUUCAGGUACUUGAAACUUUUCCCAGAGAGAAACCUUAUAAGAAUCAACAAUGUAAGGAAGCCUUUAGGAAUCUCCUUUCUGAUCAGCCUCACAAGAGAACACAAUGUGGAGAUAAACUCAAUGGGAAAAUAUUAAGGAGCUAUACAUGUAGUGCAGAAGAUAAUGGAAUCCAUACAGAAGUGAAAUCGUUUGCUCAUAACCACAGUGAAGAAGCCUUCAUUGAUUCCAGUGACCUUAUCACCCCUGAAAAAAGUCAUAUUGGAGAGAAAAAAUACACUUGUAAACAAUGUGGGAAAACAUUUAAGUAUGCUUCGUGUUUUGAGAAACAUAAAGUAACUCACACUGGAGAGAAGCCUUAUGCGUGUAAGCAGUGUGGAAAAGCCUUCACCAGUUCUAGCUGGUGCAACACUCAUGAGAGGGGUCACAACGGAGAGAAGCCUUACAUGUGUAAGCACUGUGGAAAAGCCUUCAGAAGUUCCAGUUAUUGCAGCAUUCAUGAAAGAACUCACACUGGAGAGAAACCUUACGCAUGUAAGCACUGUGGCAAAACCUUUGCCAUUAUGAGGUCUCGUAACUGUCAUGAGAAAAUUCACACUGGAGAGAAGAUUUAUGCAUGUAAACUUUGUGGAAAAAGCUUCCUUAGUCCCACUUCUUGUAGCAUUCAUGAAAGAAUUCACACUGGAGAGAAACCUUACGCAUGUAAGCAUUGUGGCAAAACCUUUGCCAGUUUGACUGGGUGUAUCACUCACGAAAGAAGUCACACUGGGGAGAAGCCUUACACAUGUAAACACUGUGGAAAAGCUUUCAACAAUUGCAGUUAUCGGAACGUUCAUGAAAGAAUUCACACUGGAGAGAAACCUUAUGCAUGUAAGUACUGUGGCAAAACUUUUGUCAUUUUGGGUUCUCUUAUCACUCAUGAAAGAAGUCACUCUGGAGAGAAGCCUUACGCAUGUAAGCACUGUGGAAAAGCCUUCUCCCAAGCCAGUUAUCGUAACAUUCAUGAAAGAAUUCACACUGGAGAGCAGCCUUACGCAUGUAAGCACUGUGGCAAGACCUUUGCCAUUUUGAGUUCUCGUAACACUCAUGAAAAACUUCAUACUGGAGAGAAGCCUUAUGUGUGUAAGCAUUGUGGAAAAGCCUUUAUCAGUUCUACUUGGUGUAGUGCUCAUGAAAGGGGUCACACUGGAGAGAAACCUUAUGCAUGUAAGCACUGUGGCAAGACCUUUGCCAUUUUGAGUUCUCGUAACUGUCAUGAGAAAAUUCACACUGGAGAGAAGCCUUACACAUGUAAGCAUUGUGGGAAAGCCUUCACCAGCUCUGGCUAUCGUAACAAGCAUGAAAGGGCUCACGCUGGAGAGAAACCUUAAACAUGUAAACAUUGUAGAGAACAUUUGCCAAAUUCAGUUGGUGCUGCAACUCUCAUGAAAGAAUUCACACUGGAGAGAAGCUUUAUGCAUGUAAAACCUGUGGAUAAUCCUUCACCAGUCCCUCUUACCAUAUUACUCAUGAAAGAAUUCACACUGGAGAGAAAGUGUUUUCAUGUAAAGCAUGAGGAAACUGUUCAGUCAACUUUAUGAUCAUUCCAUCAAUGAAAGAAUUCACUCAAGAAUGAAGACUUAUGCAUACAAAAGCUGUGUUCCAGAGACGGCCAUGGCUGUACCUUGUGUUGGCAGCAGGACCUGGUAAUGUGUAAGCAUCACCAAGGUGAUAUUAGUUUUGCAGCCGUGAAGGGAUAAUAGAGACUAGUUGUGACUUGGCACUGUGACAAGAAGAGACCAUGCUUCUGUAGCAUUUGAAGGCCCAAGACUGAAGGGGUCAUGCGAAGAAAUUGAGGCUCGGCAUCAUGACGAGAGCCAGUGAGAGGAUAUCGGUGAAAGUGCAGACCAGUUGCAGCAAGGGACCCCAGCAUUUUGUAUGUGCCAAUACCAUGAGAAGAGCACCAAGAACAGUAGCUGCAGAGGGGUGGAGUCAGCCAGAGUGUGGAAGAUGAACUGUGUGUACUGCGGAGGGCAGAACCGGAUAAGGAACCCAAACCCUUUGGAGGAGUCCAGGAGAUAGUGAGUGAAUCUCAGAUAAUUAAUUGAGUUAUUUAUACUGUUGGACUUUGGUUUUGCUUUCUUCAGAUUGUGUGGGUGUCCUGGUUUUUCUCUCUUGAAGAACGUAUUUAAUUUAAUUUUGACUUUUAAAGGAGGCCACAGAUGAAAGACUUGUACUUUUAAAAGAGAUUGAAUAUUUUCUUUUAUUGUUUCUUUGUGGAUUUUACAUCAUUCUGAUCCCACUUAUUUCCCCAUCUCCUCCCAUCUGUCCUCGGCCCUUGCCGC